AUGGCAUUCGGAAAGGACCAGUUUCUUCCCUCGCAACCCCCGGCCAAUGCUCGCUGCCGAGUAAUCGACUUCGCAAGCACUGAGCCCCCGCUUCCUGAAUACAAGAGAUAUCUCGCAGCUGUCAUCGACAACGCACUCACCGAGACAGAAUGCAAGGAGCUUCUCCGCUUAGCUGAAGCGAGCACGGCCGACGGUAAGUGGGAGCGUGCCAUGAUCAACGUCGGCGGCGGCCGCCAGAAGAUAUCCACCGAUUCGCGCAACAGCAGUCGAAUCAUCUUAGACAGCCCUGAAAUCGCUGAGAAACUGCAAGCGAGACUCUUACCUUUCCUGAGAGAAUUGGAGGUUGAUCGACUUGAGAACAAACCGCUCAUCACAGGCCUUGCGGGAAGGAAUCGUACAUACAAGUUCACGCGAUUAAACGAACGUUUAAGGUUCCUGAAGUACGUUGGGGGCGAGUAUUUCCGCCCACACUGGGACGCACACUAUACCACGCCUGACCGGCGCGAGAGAUCGUAUUUCACGAUCCAACUGUAUCUGAAUGGAGAUGGAGAGCAGGACCUCCAGGAAUUAAAGUGUGCGAUCGAUGCAGAGGGGCCAGAAGGGUCGGAGAGGGGAUGCAUGAAUCUAGAUGUGGAAGGGCGUUUACUGGGCGGUGCGACAUCUUUUCUGCCGCGAUAUGAGGAGAAGGAGAGGCAUGUGAGGAUCUUCCCGAGGACAGGGUCGGCUCUUGUUUUCCAGCAGAGCGAAUUGCUUCAUAGUGGGGAUCCGGUGUUUCGCGGGACCAAGUUCACCUUGAGGAUGGAUGUGAUGUAUGAGCUUGUCGAGUCAGAGUCGUACUGA